AUGGUUGGGCAGGCAGAUAGAAAGAUCCUCUGGCACCCGCGCGGCGAGAACAAGUUUGUCGUCGGCGGCGGGUCCCAAGUGACGCUCUACGAAUGGUCGGACGAGCCGUCGAUAGUCCAGCUGGCCUCGCAGCACGAUCUCUCCUUAAUGAAGUGCUUCGCCUGGUCGCCCGACGCACACAUCGACGACCUCCUCGCCGUCGGCCUCACCUCCGGCCGCGUCGAGCUCCUGCGCCUCGAAUCCUCCCGGCGCGGCACAGACCACAUCGCCGCGCGCGGCCCGCACGCGCACCUCGCCCCCAAAUCCUCCCGCGCGUGCACGUCGCUCGCCUUCUGUCCCGCAGCACCCAACCUGCUCGCCGUGGGACUCGACAAAGUCCGGAGCGACGCGAGCCUCGUGCUGUGGGACAUCGCGAGCACGACGCCCGCGCUCGGCGUGUCGUUCGCGAAUAAUACUGGUGGAGAUACGCGGAUCAGCGCGCCGCCGCCCUCGCCCGUCCGAUCCUCCGCUCCCUUACCCCCGCCGAUCUCUCGCAAACCCUCCGCCGCAUCCUCCACGAACACACCCAGCGCGCCCUUCGCCCUCCCGCGCCACGACUCCUUCACCCCCUCCACCCGCGCCGACACGCGCAUCCUCCAGACCCACGCCCCGACCGAAACCGUGCACGCCCUCGCCUGGCUCCCCGGCUCCCCGCACAUCCUCGCGGCCGCCCUCUCCUCGCGCUGGCUCCGCCUCUUCGACGUGCGCGCCCCGAAAGACGCCGCGCCUGCGCAUCCCGUGGGGCGGAUCACCGCGCUCGCUACGGACGUGUUUGAUCCGUGGAGGCUGGCGGCGGCUGCUGAUGGGGCGGUGAGCGUGUGGGAUGUGCGGAGGAUGGGCGGCGUGGUGGUCGCGUUUACGGCGCGCGACGCCGCGGGGGACUGUGUGCCGACCUUUACGAGCGGCUCGGCGUCGCCGAUGGGGCAGGGUGCGAGCCAGACGCAAAGCCCGAUCACGAGCCUCGAGUUCUCGUCAUCCAAACGCGGGCUCCUCGCCACGCUCGAGCGCGACGCGCCGUGCGUGCGGUUAUGGGAUAUCGUCCGCACCUCCUCUUCGCCGUCCUCCUCGUCGUCUUCCGCCCUCAACAACGCCACGCGCGAUAGGGACCCCAUGACGAGACAGCCGAAAGUGAGCUGGACGUCUGGUGCUGCCAGUAUGCUUCCCUGGGCUGCGGGAGGCGGAGGGGGUGGAGGGGGUGGAAGUGGAGGGAGUGGAGGGGGGACGACGCCGCCGCAUACGGAGCCGGGGAGUCCGGCGGGCGGAGUGGGGUACUCGUUGGUUUUGGCUGAUACGAGGAAGAGCAAACGCUUCCGCGGCGCGCUCUCCUCUUUCGCGCUCGUCCCUUCCCCUCCUCCUCCUUCUUCCACAUCGCCCUCCUCUCGCCCAAUAUCAACGAUCACGACGAUCCUAGGUACGACAAAAGACGGCGAUCUCGAGCUCAGCACUCUUCCACAUAUACCACCACACACGCACUUCUCGCCCCGUGGCCACUUCUCGCUGAGCACCGGCACCGGCCUGCGGGUCUUCAGCGGUGUCCAGCCCACCGAAGAUGUCCCCGAUCAUCCGUGGAGUUUCGUAGACGGGGUGGAGAACGACGAGCCUGUGCAUCGUGAUGCGGAGCUGAGAGAAAGGGGGAGGAGCGGACGAAGAGCCGCGACGAGGGAGAGGGAUGAGGAGGGGAGUAAAGCACUUUUUGGGAGGGGCGACGAGGACGGCUUUCCGGCGCUCGUUUCGCCUAAACGACUGCCUAGCCCGGGUCUGCCGCCCUAUAUCAAACGCAAUGCUCUCGUUCAAAGCAGAGCGACGAGCGAGCAACCGCGGUUAGCUGGCAAACCCGAUCUUCCUCUUCCGCCCGCAGCGUCAACAUCAACAUCAACGCUGCUCAAGCCUCCGCCGAUGCUCGUCACAGCGGCGGACUCUACGGACCCGAGUCAGAGUCAGGAGUCGGUUGGGGCGGGGAGAGGGAAGGAGGGGAGCGGGAGUCGAGUAAGGGGAGGUAGGAGGGCUCGGAGGAGGGCCGUCGAGAGGGUGCACAGUCUCGUGUGCGAAGACGUGAGCAUGGUCGCGCGGAGCCGGGCGCUGGCCGGGUACGGCCUCGGAAACCCAACGCACAACGCGUCGCUGUUCCCCGUCGGCGCAGACACGGACAGCACGAUGCUCCGAGUGGCAUGGACAUGGGCCGCGCACGCCCGGCGCCGCCCCGCGCUCGUCGGCGGGUACGACUUCCGCUCCGCGGGCUUGCUCGCGCUCUGGGAGGGCUUCCCGCCUACCGUACCUUCUACAUCAACCUCGACCUCGACCCUCCCAGCUCUCCCGCAUCAUCUCGACGCCUCACAUACGCAGUCGCCCACGCGCUCCCGCUCCAAGCGCGGGCGGCACCGCGCCACAGACGACCCGCCCGCAGAAUUCACCGCCGCGCUCCUCUCCCGCCACCCGCCGCUCUCUCUCGAGCCCGGCUGGCGCCCCGCGAAAAUCAUGACGUCGCCCGCGCACCUCGUAUCGCGCCGCGCGGGGCUCGACAUGCUGGGCUGGUCCUUGGACCCCGACGACGUCGAGGCUGCGCUCCGGCGGUGGGAGGCGGACGGGCAGAUCAGCAGGGCCGCGACGUGGCUCGUUUUUGGCGGGCGGUACGAGCGCGCUAUUGAGAUGCUGCUGCAUUGCGAGGACGAGGGGGGCAAGGCGAUGGCGGGGACCGUCGCUGCGUUGUCUGCCGUCACCGGUGGAGGUGGGGGAGGAGGUGCGGGCGGGGGCGGGCUGCCGCCGGCGCUGCAGCAGUACUACGACAAGCUGAUUCUCCGGCUGGAAGAUACGUACUACAGCGUGAUGCUCCGCCACCUCGCGCUCGGCGACUGGGGCGACGUGCUCGAGGAGGAGGCCCUGCCCCUGCGCGAGCGCCUCGCCAUCGCGCUCCAGUUCCUCGACGACGCCGCCCUGACGCGGUAUCUGCGGCAGCUGGCAGAGUCCGCCAGCACGCGCGGCAAUCCGGACGGGAUACUGGUUACGGGGAUCGGAGGGGGCGGGCGGGGCGUGGAGCUGCUGCAGGCGUACGUGGACCGCACGGGGGACGUGCAGAGUGCUGCGCUUUUGGCGGCGAGCGUUGGGGGGAGGGUCGAUGGGAGGGUCGGGAGGUGGGUGGAGAGUUAUAGGGAUCUGCUCGAUGGGUGGAGGUUGUUUUAUCAUCGGGUACAGUUCGACGUGGAUAGGGGGGUGAUGGCUGUUGCCGAUGGGAGCGGGCAGAGGGAGGAGGGCGAGGGUUAUGUGGAGGGGAAGAGGGAGAAGAGGGAGGGGAAUGUGCCGAGGCAGGUUUUGCUAAGAUGCAAUUACUGUAAUAAAGCUAUGAGUGCGCCGCCGGGGGCGCACGCUACGGGACGCGAUACGGCGUGCCCGCAUUGUGGGCGCCCCUUACCGCGCUGCUCGGUCUGCUUGAUGUACCUCAGCAUCCUCCCCGACCCCACGCGCGACGGUAUACACGCGCACCACAACGCCGCGGCCAAAGAUACGCUCGACGACGCGAUCGUGUUCUGUCAGACGUGCAGGCAUGGCGGACACGCGUCGCAUGUUAUGGAGUGGUUCUAUGGCGAGGACGGAGAGGGAGAGGAGAGUUUUGGCUGGGAUGUAUUGCUAUUGCUUGCUUUUCCGAUGUGA